AUGGGCAAUUGUUUUAGUAACCCCACAAGUUCGGAUAGACAGGAAAGAAACAGGGAACGUUCCGUGGUUAUAGAGGAAAACAUCCAACCAGUCAAUCCUAUUCAACCAGCUCCACCCAUUGAAACAACCAGGCCUCCGGUGGUCAGUCCCGAACCAGAGCAAACCAAUGCCCGAAUAUUUGUAGCUCUAUACGAUUACGAUGCUAGGACCGACGAGGACUUGAGCUUUCGCAAGGGCGAACACCUAGAAAUUUUAAAUGAUACUCAGGGAGACUGGUGGCUGGCCAGAAGCAAACGAACGAGACAAGAGGGCUACAUUCCAUCCAAUUAUGUUGCCAAAUUGAAAAGUAUCGAGGCUGAACCGUAA